CCGGUUACAAGAACGAACUGAUUAUUUGUUUACAUUUCGCAGCAUGGCCACCUCUGAGAGGCUGGGGGUUGAUGUUAUUAUCAACAACAUUGAUAAUAAUCCAGCCUGCUCUCAUGGCCCUACAGUGUUAUUUGAGAGAUUCCAGAGCAAUGGUCGCAGUCGGCAGUAUUAUGCCUGUUCUGCUUGUCGGGACAGGAAAGAUUGCUCCUUCUUCCACUGGGCAGAUGAGAAGUUUUCAAAGACAAAGAGAGACCUGUGGGACAAAUUCAUCAAAGAUUCUGAGCCUAAAGACACUGAAGAGGAAUUAAGCAGAAGUUUAAAUGAGGUGCUCUCAGUAUUGCCAAGCGAGCGAAUAUACUGUGCCAAUUGCUCUACUCUGCUUACAACUGCAAGACGAAGCAAACAUAAGGCCUGCACCCUUAUCACACCUCUCACUGACAUACAACUUACACAGCCAUCAUCAUUUCUUCCACCAAGAGAAAGUGCAAAGAAAGAGGCACAAUACCUCUUUGCUUCUAGUAGUGUGGAUGUUAUCAUCAACAUGCUAGUAAAGUUACAAGCCAAAAGAGUUUUGUGUGUUGGGGCUCCUCGAAUAUACGAAGCAAUAGCAAUGUCAGAAAAGUUGGAGAUGUCAGCUCUGAUGCUUGACAUUGAUGAACGAUUUCAAAGUUUUUUCAAGCCCCAAUCCUUCCUGCGAUACAACAUGUUCAACCAUUACUUCUUUGAUGGGAAGAAGGCCAAAGAAACAUAUCAAAACUUUAUUGCUGAAAAAGAGAAGUUAGUGCUGGUGUCUGAUCCCCCAUUUGGAGGGAGAAUGGAACUUCUAGCCCAUAACAUGAAAAGGAUUGAACAAGAUUGGAGAACAGCGAGACAUCUCGAUCCUCAAGAACAGUUACCAGUGCUGUUCAUUUUUCCAUACUUUAUGGAACCACAAGUCCUGCAUAAUCUGUCAGAUUUUGUGAUGCUUGAUUAUCAAAUAGAUUAUGAUAAUCAUCCACUAUAUUCAUCAGGUCCAAAGAGUAUGAAGAAUGGUUCUGCUGUAAGAGUCUAUGUAAAUCAACCUGCAUCACUAUUUUCCUUUCCUGAGAGUGAGGGAUAUCAUUACUGUAAGCCUUGCAAUCGAUGGGUGUUUAACAACAAUAAACAUUGUAAGAAAUGCAAAGGUUGUAUGUCAAAAGAUGGUCGAACCUACCGACACUGCGACCAGUGCAUGAAGUGUGUAAAACCAUCAUGGCUUCAUUGCACUGAGUGUUCUAGAUGUCAGCCUCAAGACCACAAGUGCAAGUCUCACGGAGUCAAUGGUUCUUCAAAGACAAUAUGCCAUAUUUGUGGAGGUUCUGACCACAAGCGCACAGAUUGUCCAAAGAAAAAGAAACGGGGAGAAUCCUUUAGCAGUGAGAAUGCAGGAAAGAAGAAAAAAAGGAGGAAACAGGCAUUGCCAUCAAAUCUUUCAGAAGAAAGAGAGAGAAACUUGGAUAUCUUGUCUCAGAUAAUCUCUAGCUGAUGGAUUGUAAGCAGGGAGUUUUAUGUAAAAUAAAUAUUUUGAUAUUUUUUGUU